AAGAGGGGGCGGCCUCACGUGACUGGGUUGCUCUAAAUGCUACCAGUUCACAUGAUGAGACAUGGCUUAUUCAGGCAGGGCGGUUGUGACUGACAUCUAACCGCGUUUACUGAUCGUUUCCACCAGCCGGACGUGCUUCAGGAGUACUAAAUAACUAAUUUCUUUACCUUCAGACAGCAGAGAAACGUAAACAACAACAGGAAGAACAACAGUGACGGAUCAGAUUUAGCUAACGGUCCGUGAAGUCAAGUGCAGUUUGCAGUGAGCCGUGUAGGCGACCCACCUGCGCCUGCAGCGGCGACACAACACCACCUCUGGGCUUUUUUCUGUCCUCUACGGGAACUAAAAAGUACAGUAAAGUCUGCCUUGUGGAGUGAUCUGAACUGAAGGAUGAAACUCUAUCACGCUUUGGCCGCGCUUAUCACCGCCUGGUGUGCGGUUUUCGGUUGCAUUCAGGCGGUUACUCUUGAGGUGAAGGAGGGGAACUCCACCUGUAUUAAGGCUGAGCUUUCUGCAUCAUUCGCCAUCACAUACAACACCUCCAGCAGCACGAGAACAGUGCAGGUCUCGCUGCCUGACUCCGCCACAGUCGAUACAGGUAGCAGCUCAUGUGGCACAGACGGCAGCUCACCGUGGCUGGUGGCGGUGUUUGGACCUGGCCACGCGCUGGCGCUGAGCUUUUCAACCAAUGGAAGUCUGUACGGUGUCGCUAACCUGACACUGCAGUACAACCUCAGCGACGCUUCAAUCUUCCCUGAGGCCAACAGCUCUGAUGUGGUCACUUUGGUGUCGUCUUCAGUUGGGAUCUGGGCUACUAUCAACACCACCUACCGCUGUGUGAGCUCCGCAACUUUUGGAGUUGGUGGAGCAACUGUCACUUUCUCUGACAUGAGGCUGGAGGCGUACAUGACAGGAAAUGACCUGAGUCCAACAGAAAGCGUAUGUAUGGCAGAUCAGGCCAGUACUACAGCUCCAUCUACCACUGCCAGUACUACAACAACCGCAGCUCCAGCACCAACCCCUCCAGGAACACCUGAACAGGGCACCUACUCUGUUAAGAACAGGAACGGCACUGUGUGUCUCCUGGCCCAAAUGGGACUUCAGUUCAAUGUUUCCUAUUUCUCUUUAUCUCAGAAUAAGACUGUCCAAGAAUUAGUAAACCUGACUCCCAAUCUGACAAGUUCAUCAGGAUCAUGUGAAGCCAGCAGUGCUACCUUGGUUUUGACAGAGGAGCGAACCACCACGCUCAACUUCACCUUCACUCUGAACUCCACAAGCAACAAGUACCACCUGAGUGGGAUAACUCUGCUUGCUAAUUGGCCUGAAAUGACUGCUCCCUUCUCAGCCAGUAACACCAGUCUGGACUACCUGCGGAGCACGCUGGGCCACUCCUACAUGUGCAAUGCAGAGCAAACUCUGGUUGUGGUGCCAGCCUUCUCCCUCAACACAUUCAGACUGCAGGUCCAACCCUUUGAAGUCACCACCAACCAGUUUGCUACAGCGGAGGAGUGUCAGAUGGACCAAGACCAGAUGCUGAUCCCCAUCAUUGUUGGAGCAGCUCUUGCCGGCCUGGUUCUGAUCGUCCUCAUUGCAUAUCUAAUAGGCAGGAAGAGGAGCCAUGCUGGAUACCAGACCAUCUGAAUGGACCCCUUCAUUUAACUUAAGCUUGAUGGACUGAAUGGUGGAAAGAUGAACCCAAGCGUGUGAGUGACUGAGUAAUAGACUGCGGACACGAGCAUGAGUGAAUGUAAGCUUACUCUGUGGUGAGUGCAUGCUUUUGCAUAUCCUAUGUGACGUCCUGGAUAUUUAAUUUUCCUUUCACGUUCUCUGUGAGAUUAUGAUGAGAAGCCAAAGACCUGCUUAACUUUAGGUGUGUGUGCAUCUUGAUGAAGCCUGAGAGGACUUCACAAGAGUCUUCGCAUAAUCAAGGAUGGAGGCAGUUUGAAUUUGCUGUGGCAAGUUCACCGUCAACUGUUUGUCUCUACCCGUUUCAUUAUGUUCUAGGAACUGGUUGAAUUUGCUUGAACUGCUGUAUGUUGUUUUUAGCUAUGUAAUUAUUUAAUAUCUCAUGCAAUUAAAAGAGACAGAGGGAGAGACAAAUAAACUGUGGGACAAAGUUUGUUUUUUAAGUUCCAAUGGCUUGUCCACUGUUGGUUAAAAGUUUAAAAAAGAAGAAUGUAAAACUUGCAAGUAAAAACAUUUCAAGUUAGAUGGUGUUAUUCUUACGCCUACACAUGCUCACUAGCACUUGUCUUUAAACUUCCUGAGCAUAAGAUAAUCCCAGUGACGCUAAGUAAAGGGAACGCUCUGAAUGUGUGUCUUUUCCUAUCAUAUUCCUCCACAGCGGAGACCGAUAAAGCCUGAACUGUCCCAAUAAUGCACUGAUGCAAAGUUUAAUUCAACUAAUUAAAGUUUGGUGAUUGUCACAGUCAGGUAAUUGUGAUGAUAAAAAGGUGGAUUGCUUCUUUGUUUAAACAGUGUGUAGUGGUCCAGAGUGCAACUCUGCAUUACUAAAAUUUAUUAAACAUUACAAGUGAACAGGUGCAUGGGUUCAGUUUCUAUUCUUGCUUUCUCCCACUCUCUCCUUAAGGAAAUGUUAAUAUGAAUUGUAGUGAUUUGAUCUUUAUUUUUAUAGAAAAUGGUUUGAUCUCGUUUUCUAUUAUGCAUCUUACUGAAAGUUAAUAAAAAUCUUAAAAGUCCA